GUCCUGGCCUGGUUUGAGGAGGGCGAGGAAACCAUCACCGCCUUCGUAGAGCCCUUCGUCAUCCUCCUCAUCCUCAUCGCUAAUGCCGUGGUGGGCGUCUGGCAGGUAAAAGGGUGGCUACAGGGCUGGGGACAUCGGGACUGGGCUUGGGGACGGGGGUGCGUGCCCGGGGGCGCCUGCCCACCCGCGCCCGUCCCCCUGCUCCCAGGCGAGUCCGUCUCCGUGAUCAAGCACACUGAUCCGGUCCCCGACCCCCGGGCCGUCAACCAGGACAAGAAAAACAUGCUCUUCUCUGGCACGAACAUCGGGGCGGGGAAGGCCGUGGGCAUCGUGGUGGCCACGGGGGUGAACACCGAGAUCGGGAAGAUCCGGGACGAGAUGGCAGCGACGGAGCAGGACAAGACGCCACUGCAGCAGAAGCUGGAUGAGUUUGGCGAGCAGCUCUCCAAGGUGAUUUCUCUCAUCUGCGUGGCCGUCUGGCUCAUCAACAUCGGCCACUUCAACGACCCCGUCCACGGCGGCUCCUGGAUCCGCGGCGCCAUUUACUACUUCAAGAUUGCCGUUGCCCUGGCUGUUGCUGCCAUCCCUGAAGGUCUGCGGGGCUCCUACUCGCUACAGGCCCCCCGCCACCCUUUCCACCCCCGGCUCAUGUUCAUCGUGGACAAGGUGGAGGGCGACGUCUGCUCCCUCAACGAGUUCUCCAUCACCGGCUCCACCUACGCCCCUGAGGGAGACGUGAUGAAGAACGAGAAGCACGUGAAGGCCGGGCAGUUCGACGGGCUGGUGGAGCUGGCCACCAUCUGCGCCCUCUGCAACGACUCCUCCCUCGACUACAACGAGUCCAAAGGCAUCUACGAGAAGGUGGGGGAGGCAACGGAGACGGCCCUGACCUGCCUCGUGGAGAAGAUGAACGUCUUCAACACUGAUGUGCGGAGCCUCUCCAAGGUGGAGCGGGCCAACGCCUGCAACUCCGUCAUCAAGCAGCUGAUGAAGAAGGAGUUCACGCUGGAGUUCUCCCGCGACCGCAAGUCCAUGUCCGUCUACUGCUCCCCGGCCAAGGCCUCGCGGGCCCCGCGGGGCCCGCGGCCCCCCGCCGUCAAGGAGAAGAUCCUUGCCGUCAUCAAGGAGUGGGGCACUGGCCGGGACACGCUGCGCUGCCUGGCCCUGGCCACCCGUGACACCCCCCCCAAGAAGGAGGACAUGAUGCUCGAGGACUCCACCAAGUUCUCCGAGUAUGAGACGGACCUGACCUUCGUGGGCUGCGUGGGCAUGCUGGACCCGCCGCGGAAGGAGGUGAUGGGCUCAAUCCAGCUGUGCCGGGGCAUCGGGGUGAUCAUGAUCACAGGGGACAACAAGGGCACGGCCAUCGCCAUCUGCCGCCGCAUCGGCAUCUUCAGUGAGGAGGAGGAGGUGACGGGGCGGGCCUACACGGGCCGCGAGUUCGACGACCUGCCGCCCGCUGAGCAGCGGGAGGCCUGUCACCGUGCCUGCUGCUUCGCCCGCGUGGAGCCCACCCACAAGUCCAAGAUCGUUGAGUUCCUGCAGUCCUUUGACGAGAUCACAGCCAUGACGGGCGACGGAGUGAAUGACGCGCCGGCGCUGAAGAAGGCGGAGAUCGGCAUCGCCAUGGGCUCGGGGACGGCCGUGGCCAAGACGGCCUCUGAGAUGGUGCUGGCGGACGACAACUUCUCCACCCACUUCAUGCAGUGCACAGAGCACAAUGCGGAGUUUGAGGGCCUCGACUGCGAAAUCUUUGAGUCGCCGGUGCCCAUGACCAUGGCGCUCUCCGUGCUGGUCACCAUUGAGAUGUGCAACGCCCUCAACAGCCUCUCCGAGAACCAGUCCCUCAUCCGCAUGCCGCCCUGGGUCAACAUCUGGCUCGUCGGCUCCAUCUGCCUCUCCAUGUCCCUCCAUUUCGUCAUCCUCUACAUCGACCCACUGCCUAUGAUCUUCAAGCUGACGCCUCUGGACGCGAUGCACUGGUUCAUGGUGCUGAAGAUCUCCUUCCCCGUCAUCUUGCUGGACGAGGCACUCAAGUUCGUCGCCAGGAAUUACCUGGAGGCAUAAACUCAUGUCCCCUCCAUCGUCCUUGGGCCUGGCCACAGGUACUCACCUGUCACCCUGUUGGCUGUGUCCCUGUCACCCUGCUUGUCCCCGUCACCCUGUUGGCUGUGUCCCCAUCACCCUGGUGUCCCUG